AAUCGAACAAGUUGGACGACAAUUUCAAAAUUCAAUAAGAUGCAUGAGUUUGAUGAAAACGCCAGUCUGAAAUAAUGAUGGCAUUUGCCUAUUAUUGCACAAACAAAUCUUGAGGACUCGUCAUUACAGCAUUCACGCGAUUAAGUUCGAAGGCUCAAAGUCACGAGUUCAGCUUUUCCAUUCAAUUCUGUUCAACCCUUUACCCCCAAAAUCUCUCACUUCACACCGUUUUCCAUGUUUCAAUCUUUGCAUUAUCAAAUCAUCAUCAGAUCCCUUGUAUUAUCGACAAUCUGAAAGGAUUUCUUGAGCCCAAUUCUUAUCUAGAGUUUUAUUUACCUCAAUUUCUUGUUCUUUUUUCAUUUUCCAUGAUGAUUGAAGGGGUUGCAGGAUUUCUGGGUUCUCAUAUUAUCCCCUAAUUCUUGGCCCCUGCGAAUUUUCGGUUUAUUUUUUUGUUUGUUUUUUUCUUUUUUUGUGUUUUGUUUUGCGGUGAUUGUUGUUUGACAGUUGAAGGAUUCAUUAAAUGAGAUGGGAGGUGUGACUGGAGGAGAAGUGAAUUCGAGUUCUUCGUUGCGUUCGCCGCAGUUGAACUUCUUUGGAUGCCCAUUUCGAUUUGGAUCGGGCAUUACUUCAUUUUCCGUCGCCUGUGAAGCUUUCUCAGAUUGUCGCCUUCUGUAACGCGGAUCGUAAUUGUACAGUUUGAUUUGGUUUUCUUUUCCAUUUUCCCCCCUUUUUGUGAAUAUCUGUUAUGACUUGUCGGAAUAAUUAGCGUUGGAUUGAGAAAUCUGAAAUGGAGACUGCCGAGUCUGAUGCUGUCGAAAUAUCCCCAGACGGGCGGUAUAUUCGGUACAAUGAAAUCCUGGGGAGAGGAGCAUUCAAGAAUGUUUACAAGGGGUUUGAUGAAAUUGAUGGCAUAGAAGUUGCUUGGAAUCAAGUAAGCAUUGAGGAUGCGCUGCAGUCGCCUGAACAUCUGGAGAGGUUAUAUUCUGAGGUUCAUCUGUUGAGGACACUGAAACAUGAAAAUGUCAUUAGGUCAUAUGCCUCUUGGGUGGAUGAUGAGAACAAAACCAUUAACAUGAUCACUGAAUUGUUCACUUCAGGCAGCUUGAGGCAGUAUAGAAACAAACAUAAAAAUGUUGAUAUGAAGGCCAUCAAGAACUGGGCCAGGCAGAUCCUUCGAGGUUUAGACUAUUUGCAUGCUCACAAUCCUUGUAUUAUUCAUAGAGAUUUGAAAUGUGACAAUAUCUUUGUGAAUGGGAACCAUGGAGAACUUAAAAUUGGAGAUCUUGGAUUGGCAACAAUAAUGCAACGACCUACUGCAAGAAGUGUCAUUGGUACACCUGAGUUCAUGGCUCCAGAGCUCUAUGAGGAGGAAUACAAUGAAUUGGUGGAUAUUUAUUCCUUUGGGAUGUGUAUGCUAGAGUUGGUUACCUGUGAAUAUCCGUACAGCGAAUGCAAAAACCAAGCGCAGAUAUACAAGAAGGUUACAUCUGGCAUAAAACCAGCUGCUUUUGGGAAAGUAAAGGACCCUGAAGUAAGGCGGUUCAUAGAGAAGUGUUUGGUUCCAGCAUCGCAGAGGUUGAGUGCUGCUGAGCUCUUGAAAGAGCCAUUCGUUCUGUAUGAACAUUCCAAGGAUUUUACUUAUGGUCCUCCGCAGUUAUCACCCAAAUCAUUAAACUCACUAAGAUCAGAUUGUCCCUCCAUGGAUCUGGACCCUUCUUGCAAAAGGCUGUCGGGUAGCACUUGUCCUGAAAGUAUGAGUGAAACUUCAAUGUCGAUUCUUGAACUGCACAAAUGUACUGAGAGAAAUGAGUUUACCUUGAAGGGGGAAAAGUAUGAUGAUAGUUCAAUCUCCCUAACUUUGCGGAUUGCGGACUUUUCUGGUCGCGUCAGGAAUGUUCACUUCAUCUUUUAUCUUAAUGCUGAUACUGCACUGUCAAUUGCUGCUGAGAUGGUCGAUCAACUUGACUUGUGCAAAGAUGAUGUUGCUUUCAUAGCUGAGCUGAUUAACAGCUUAAUUUCACAAUUUACGCCUUGUUGGGGAAUGUCAUCUGGAAGUUUGAGUGGAUCAAAGAGGUUGCUUGAGGGCUCUCCUACACUUUAUAAUGAACAGGUUGUACCAAAUAGGAACCAUUGUUCGCAUAGCAUUCAUGGUAAAGAAUCUGGUGAGAUGGGUGUUUAUCCAGAGUUCGCCGGAUCAAAGAAUACCAGUACUGCAGAAUCAGUCGGAGCGUCUUUUCACACUGAUCCAUCAACUUCAGAUGCUAUGCACAAGAAUGAUUCCCAAUUGGUUCACCAUGACAUUGAGAAAUACAAAACAAGCAACGGGCAUUCUCAGAUCAGUGAAAGUGUGAAGAACUCGCUAACCAGCUGUGCGGGCUCAUGGAUUACUGCAUCAACCAAUAUGAGCUUGAGCAUUUCUUCUCUCUGUCUGACUGACAAAGAGAAUGAAUUAUGUGACGAUCUUAAGGUAGAGCUUGAUGCAAUUGAUUUGCAAUAUCAGCAGCGAUGUCGUGAACUUCUUAAGAUGAGGGAGUUAGCUAUUGAGAAUGCCAAAAAGAAGUGGAUCAUGAAGAAAAUAUCUUGAUGUAUAACCAGCAAUUGAACUUUAUUUCUUGGGUUGAGAAUCUUGGUUUUUUCUUGUUUAAACCAUUGCAUUACUGUUUUAUGGAAAGGUGUGAUUCUCACUAAAUUGACGAGGCCGACAUCUGAAGACCAUUGGCUUUUUAUUUCCCUAUCAUUGUGGCAAUCUCCGGUGGUCAUAAAAUGUGGCUGUAGAAUGUUGAACAAGAUAAGCAUUACCAAGCAAGCAUGUCGACUCUUAAAACAUCUUGCUUGCGCAGACAGAUGCAUACCAUUUUUCUUUC